AUGGGCGUGAAGGAAGGAACGAUGAGGAGGAUCGCUGGUGACGGUUUAUCGGUCGAUCUCCAAUCGAACGAGCAGAUCCUCGAGAUCAAGGGUGACGGAUGCGACAUCACGAUGUCGAAGAAUCGUGGAAGCGUGAAAGUUAUCGGGGAUGGUUGCCGGUUGAGGAUCGUUCAGAACAUGGGUGACGUGGAGUACACGGGGGACGGUGGCCAGGUCCUUUUGGGCCCGAAAUCUAGCAAGGAUAAGAAAGUGAAAUACGUCGGGGAUGGUGGUAGGAUAAGAUUCGACGUGGAGUUGACGAUGAGGAACCGGAAGACUAGGAAGGAGGAGGGAGCGGGGAAGGACACGGUGGACGAGGAGAAGAAGAAGGGUGUCUUCUCUGAGAAGAAUGGCGAGAAGAGUCGGGAAGAGACGGAGAAUGAUUUGAACGGGAGAAAAGAAACGAAACAAAGUGGUUCCGGCAGGGAGGAGAAGAAGAGGGAAAAAUUGACCAGGAUCGUUACCACUUUCGAGUACGACGAGAAGAUCGUGAAGAAGUGGUUCGUGAAUCCGGAUAAGGUGACCAGGAAUUUGGGAGGUUCUUUCGUGAAAAUUGUGCCGAAAGAGACAAAGAAAACGAAGAUUUAGGUAGGAAAUAAGAAAGAAAAAUAAAAGGGAUAGAAAAUAAUUAGAAAUUUAGAUGAUAGCGUAUAUGUAUAUAAUUAUAAUAUUAGUCUCGUCUGAAAUGGUGAAAUAUCGAUUUUAAAAUGGUUAGAAGAUGAUUGGAGAGAAUGAAAAAUUGAAAAAAAUGGGAGGAAUAUUGCCUCGUAACUUAAGUCUGGCUUAAAGUUCCUAUCCGGGGAUAAUUAGAAACGAGGAAACAAUUUCUUAGAAUAAUUUAAUAGUGAACAUUUGAGCACGUGAGUCAAGUCGUCGAGGAAUAAUUUUUGAUUUCUUUGUAGGAGAAUUAUUAUUCUAAUAAUCGAGGAUAUUUGCUGUAUAAUCGCGUGAUAAAUAUUAUCGAUGCAAUAAUAAAAUUGUAUUGUUUUUCGUUCUUGAGAAAUUUUUCUAGGAAGGCAAAGAUAUACCUCUGAUGAUAAAUGAAAACGUAAAUAUAUACUUUUUAAAUUCUAAUUCUCCGAGUUCCUAAAUAUGAAUUUUGUUUGUUCAUAUUGUACUUAAGAAUCAUGUAAUUUAUUUAAUUGCGAAUAAUUAACAUUUAUUAACGUAAUUAAUCGCAAUUAUUCGCGAUAUUUUACUAUUUAUUUAUUUAUUUAUUAAAAACAUACGAAUAUCUAGCUAGAGAAUCCAUCGAUAUUCGUUACGAUAAACGACGAUAAAUGUAUAUGAAAUAUUUGUAAAUGAUUAGUCAAUGCAAUUAUUCAUCAGUAUUUCUUCUCUAUUUAUUGUUAUCACUGUCAUAGAAUAAGUGCAUAAAUGCGUUUCUCGGGCUCGAUAAUGAAUUGCAAAAUAUAUAUAUUUAUGCAUUAUUUCAAAUAAAUUGCGUAAACUUCUUAAAAAACAAAAAUGUUUAAUCUCUAUAAAUUCUCUCUAUUACCUUUGAAACUCUUCUUAAGUGUAAAUUUAUCCAUAAAUUAUGUAUAUUUAUGCAAAUAUCCGAGUCGAAACAAAUUUCUAUAUAUAUUCUUCAUUUUUUUAAUCGAACAACGUUUAAAAAAACGUUGAAAUUUGCAUUCUAAAUAUUUACGAUUUGCACGUAGAUAUUUAUUUGUCCCAAUAUCAAGAAUAAUAUUUUAUUGAUGCUCUGAAUAUUUCAUCUAGGGCACAACGAUGAAAAUGUUCCUCGAGUCACUCAAGGGAACGAUAUUAAACAGAUAAGAACAACGCUUCUCACGCGAGAUUUAAUCGACUUUUUAAUUAGUCCACGCUUCUAUUUCCAUAAAGAUCAUUACUAAUUAAAGUCGUUCUAAAAUUUACUUUCUUUGUAUUUUUAAUACUUUUUGAUUUAAUAUUUUUACUCUUAAAGAUGGAUAAAUUUAAUAUCUUUAUUGUUAAAUAACAUUUAAACAAAUAAAAAUAAAAAGAAAUAUCGAGAAGAGUUCGCAAUGCGGAGGAUCGCGUGAGAAUUUCGUGACUUUCACCGUUCGAUUUGCGCGCGAAAAUAAAAUUCGCGUGGGUGGGGAGAACGGAUGAUCGAUAGGCACCGCGUGUUUGCGGUAAAUCAUCGCAGAGCAUUCAAUAUUCGCGAGCUCGUGGAUUGGCACGGCUCGACCCCGCCGUGCAAUAACUGUCGAACAUCUGCCCGAGGUUUCUCUAUUCGAAAUGGGUUCGUUACGUUGUUACGGCGAAAUUACGAUUUGCACGCGAAUAUUUUUCGCGAUUCUAGAAUAAAUAAAUUUGUAUGUAAAUGUAUAUGAUUUAUCGAGGUAUUAAUGGUAAAUGAUCAAAGUUAUCAAUUCAUUUAUCGAAUCGAUAAAUUUUGUCAUUUUAACAAUUGGCGAUUCACUGGCUUAAUCGUUAUAGAUAUAGAUCUUCUGAUUCGAUAAUUCCUAACCUAACCUAAUUCGCUGACUUAUCAAUUUGAUUAGAUUAUUAAUGUAAUUCAUUUACUCAAGAUUCUUGCAUGAAUAAAUCUCUUAUAAUAAAAAAAUAAAUUGAAGAAUAAAUUGUAUCAUACAUUUUUUUUCUUGCUCAACAAUACGAUACAGGUUUUAUCUUACGAUAUAUAAAUAAAAUUUUAAAAAAAUUCGCUGUAGACGUAUCCUAUGGAAUCUAUUGCAUCAACCUAACCUAAUUCGCUGACAUAUUAAUUUGGUAGAUUGUUAAUUUAUUUAUUCAAGAUUCUUGCACGCUAUUAUAAUAAAGGAACAAAUAAAUUGAACAAUAAAUUG